CCUUGCCGGCUGCCCCACCGUGUCCCCCCCGUUCCUCUUCCUCCCCACCCGUCCCCCUCCCCGUCCGUCUCUCGCCUGCCUUCGCACGGGUGCGCCGCCCGGUCGACGGCCACGUCACGCCGCGCCGCGCUGCCCAGCUGAUCCGGCACCCGCUCUUCCUCGCCGAGCUCCGGAUCGACGCCUCCCGCGCCCGUUCCGGGCUCCCCAUCCGCCGCCUCCCCAUUCUGCAGCAGGAGACCAGCACCCGCGCCUUCCCCCUCGCCGUCGCGCGCCCCACGCUCAAUUUUACUAUGUCUGGGAUGGCAUCUGAUGAUGCACCUGCUCAAGUGAGUGUUGAAGGAGAUGUUUCAGAUAAAAAAGUAGAAGUUCAAGACCAGAAUGAAGUGAGUGGGAUGCCCUCACGACAAGAGGAGGAGGCGGUAAUUAAGAAAAAGUAUGGAGGAAUAUUACCCAGAAAGACUCCACUUAUAUCUAAGGACCAUGAACGAGCUUACUUUGAUUCUGCUGAUUGGGCUCUAGGAAAGCAAGGUGGUGUCCCCAACAAGCCUAAAGGUCCUCUUGAAGCACUUCGACCAAAGCUUCAGCCUACUCAACAGAAUGCCCGUGCCCGUCGAACUUCAUAUGCAUCUGCGGACAGUGAUGAGACUUUGAACUUGUCUCCUGAGGAUCUGAUCCCGCAAGGAGAGCCCAGCCAGCAAGGAGAACCUGUCGAGGACAAGAACAAGGAAUAAGCAUGCUCAGCAUAGCUGUUGUGUACUCCUUUUAUACAGAAGAUGCCAUUUGCCGCCCUCACACUAAAAAACUUUUUUGCCUUGAUAAUAAGUAGUGUGGACUCAGUCCAACAAUCCCGUUGAGGGUGAGGUUGAGAUGUGCAGAUUGAACUGGAUGUGAGAUGUGGUAUAUGCAGUAUCCGCUACACUGGGCUGUUGGCGUCCUUGCGACGCCUGAAACAAUGUUGCUGGCGAUUUUUACAUUGCUGUACCUGAACGACCUGUAUGCAAACACAUGCAAAUUCGAUGAUCAGAGACUCGAAACUCCCGUCGAGGUCGAGCUGAAGAAGUUGCUAUAAUAAUAAAUAAUAAUAUAGACUUGUUCUGAUGCCACC